GUUAUUAUUCAAGGAUUUAGAAGCUAUCGUGAUCAAACCAUCAUAGAACCCUUCAGUCCUAAGCACAAUAUUAUUGGUAAGGAUUCUAUGUUACAAGAUCCAUGUUUUCAAAAAUGACAGUGAUAAAUAGAUUUUCUCUAGAUCUGAAGUUUCAUUGUUGAUAUCUGUCAUAAAUCUCCUCUAUUUCAUGUAAUUUUUUUCAUUAAAAUUUUAAGAGUUUUCAUUUGGUCAAGUCAUGAGGAUUAGUAUGCCUUUUGGUUGGAUUUUGCUUACAUCUGAAUCUUUAAUUUUCUGUUCUCGCAGUUGGCAGGAAUGGUUCAGGAAAAAGUAAUUUCUUUUUUGGUAAGUUUGUCUGUUUUUUCAAUACAGUUAUACAGUGUUUGUAAAUAAACCAAUAAUUUCAACUUUUCCUUAUAGCAAUACAGUUUGUCCUCAGCGCUGAUGAAUUCAGUAAUCUUCGACAAGAAGAGCGACAGGCCCUUCUCCAUGUAAGUGAACUUUCACAUGAAAUAUACCAAUAGAUUUGUUUGUCAGCAAAAUGAAAUUGGGGUUUAAAUGAAACAGAAACAGUUGUAGAAAUACAACACAAGAGACUCUGCUACUAUUAGAUUUCUUAAUAUUCAAAUGGAUACAUUUCCCCUGUAACAUCAAAAUUUUGUUGGAGUUUUAACUUAUUUGGCAGAUUAACAAUUUUAUUUGUUUUGUAGAAACUAAUUUUUUUAUGUUUUGAGGAAACCAAAGUUUCUGAUAAAAACUAUUUUAUUUUAUGAUUCUUUGUCUAAGCGGCAGUUAAAGAACAAGGAACAGGAAUGUAAUCUUUUCAAAUUUUCAAACUUGUUGAUUGAUGUGGAGGACAUUUUGAGUGAAUUUCAUAGAAAGACUUAUACAAUAUAAUUGCACACAGAGUUUCUCAUUUUUCUGGAUAAAGUAAAAUUUUUGCUGCAUCUUAUGUUGCAUUUUAGCCAGAAUUUACUUUUUCACAUUGAGAAUGAUCUGCAAAAUUAAAACCUGUAAAAUUUUCAUGCAAUAUGCUAAUGUAAAUUUAUGGAAAUGCACUCAGUCUAAAUUUCCUAACUGUAGGAGGGUACUGGACCACGUGUGUUGUCAGCUUAUGUGGAACUCAUCUUUGAUAAUACAGAUAACAGAAUACCAGUAAGUGUCAAUCAAGUUUUAGUUAUAUUUUCCUUUGUGUAGAAAAUAUGUAAACUUAUAUGGAACAGAGGGAAAACAAGUUUAUAUCAACCCUUUCACUCCCAGCAACGAUAAAAAAAGGAAUUUCUGCAAACAAAAUCAGUUCAUCUUUAAGCUUAAAAUAGAUGAAAAAGAAAAAAACAAAUAUGCAAAUAAAGGAUAUUGUAUAAUUAUUCUUUUCACCAAAUUUUUGGAGCUGAAAUUAUCAGGCAUGUGUAGCAGACAGUGCAGAGAACUGACCACAUUGUCCACCUCUUGAACAACUGGGCCCUGAUGUUUAGAUCUCAAAAGAGAAAGGCUUAAGUGUCAUCUGUACUUGAUUGAUUGAAACCAAUGUCAUUCCACAGGGUUUUUACACUGACACUGAUAUAAACAUCUAGUGAACAAUAACAGUUGCUGUGGAUUAGAAUGAUCUUUACUUGCAUUUCCUAUUCUUUUUCCUUGUAGAUUGAGAAAGAGGAAGUAUCCUUGCGACGGGUGAUUGGUUCCAAAAAGGACCAAUAUUUUUUGGAUAAAAAGAAUGUCACCAAGAGUGAUGUGAUGAAUCUGCUGGAGAGUGCAGGUUUUUCUCGGAGUAAUCCGUACUACAUAGUCAAACAAGGAAGGGUAAGGAAAAAGUCAGAGGUUCUCAGAUAAUUUGUCAUGUUCUCAUAGGACUGGCUUUCAUUUAUUUAGUACUACAGGUAGUUAAUAUCAUUGAAUUAAGUUUGAUUUCUUGUGUUUUUUAGCUUGUUAGUUGACUGUACCUACUUUGUUGCAUAUGGUACUCCCCCUUGUGGUUAUGCCUUAGGCUACCUGACUGAACACAAAUAUCACUAAUGACAGUAGUAUUAAAUUUGUUAUCAUUUGCACCAGAGAAAUUUUGCAAGGCCAAAGUGUUAUUUUGAAGCCCUUAGAUCUUCUAGCUUUCCUGUUCACUUUGAAGCUUGAUGAUGAAGAUUUUGUAAAUGUUUUGAUAUGUUUCAGUAGCUUGAUACUUGUUAUUUUUUUACAGAUCAAUCAGCUAGCUGUGGCAAAAGAUCAUGAAAGACUAAAACUAUUGCGAGAAGUUGCAGGAACCAGAGUUUAUGAUGAAAGAAAGGAAGAAAGCAAGACUAUUCUUAAAGACACUGGUAUUAUCACCGUUUGAUAAAUAUAAUGUCACACAAAUGUUUAUUGACUCCGUAAGGUCAGGCUGGAAAAAAAAAAACAUGGAUUUAAGUCAUGAUGCAGGAAUUGUGCUGUGCUUGGUCUGUAGGUCACUGCCUUGAGCUAAAUAUUUUCCUCUCUGCCUUCCCACCCAGUCAUCAAGUACAAACUACAAUCAUUCAGUUUGAUUGCAAUGGCUUCCCAUUCCUUUUUUUCUGAAUUUGAUUUGUAGAGGGGAAAAAAGAAAAGAUUGAUGAGCUUUUGAAAGAGAUUGACGAACGUCUGGAGACACUGGAUGAAGAGAAAGAAGAACUCAAAGCAUAUCAGAAAUGGGACAAAGAAAGAAGGUAAAUUCAACGCAACUCUAAUAGAAAUUGGUUAAAUGAGUAGUAGAAAGACAAUGAUGUAAAUGUUUUACUGUGAUAAUCAUGUGACAGUAAGUUGUGCAAUAAAAUCGAUCUUAAAAGUUAAAUUCUUACCUCCCAGGUGCCUUGAGUACACAAUCCAUGACAAAGAGUUGCGGGAAACAAGGGAAAAACUGGAUGCGGUGAGGAAUACUGAUUUGCUAAAAAAAUUCCAAUAUAAUUUUGUUUUUAUUUCCAUCAUGAACUUGCAAAAUAGAGAAGGUUUUUUUUCUAAAGUGAACAUUUUUGUGUAGUUGUGAGUACUUGAUCAAUCAGCCUUGCAAUUUAAUGAAGUUGUCUCUUCAUAGAAGGAAAUAAGAUAUCACACAAUGGCUGAGUUAAAACUGUGGAAGAACCAAAAGAACUAAAGAAAAAAAAGAAUUAUAUAAUUAGGUAGCCAAACUAGAGAAUAUUAAAGCAGAUCAGCUGUGUUGAUAGGAACACCAUAAGUUUGUAAAAAAAAGGAAAAACAUUGAAUGUAAUUUUACUAAAACCGUAUUGGUGGAAGGCCAAGCACAUGCAAUCAGGUAAUUAUGUGGCAAAAGAGAGGAUUUUAACACAGAACUAACAUGAACCAAGUCCGCUAAAGUAGUAAAGGGAAUGAUUGAUCCUGGGAUCUGAAGAUUUCAAAUUCAGUUCUUUAAACUUCUUGCAUUACCAUUUUUUGAAAAUAACUAAACCCAGCUAGAAUGCCAAUGCUGUCCUUUAAGCCAGUAGUGUCUUAUUACACUGAUUAUUUAGCUAUUUAUUUGGUAUUGAUUCUUAUUCAGUUGGAAAGUUCCAGACAACAGGAAACAGACAAAGCAAGUUCGCUCCAAAAGGAAAUCAAAGAUGCCAGUAACAAAGUCCAGGUUUGUUAUUAACAUAAUUUAUGCACAUGUGUUAUUAUGUUCUUGUCAUUAAUACUUGCACUUACCAGAGUGGUCUGUAUAGCAGUCAAAUUAUUUUUCUUUCUAAAGGCCCUGUCUCAGAGCCUGCGUGAAGUUAUGGAUCGCAUGACAGCAGCAAACUCUGAGAGACAACAACUUGAUGAAGAGUGCCAGGAACAAGUCAAACAAAGAACAAAACUGGAGCUGGACAUUAAAGACCUGGAGAGGAAUGUCAGAGAAGAUAGUGCACAGAAGGUGAUUCUUCCAUUAAAUAGUAAUCUGAUCUGAAUGUCCCCCUUAGCCUCAGGCCCAAGCAAGUGCCUUCAGUUGCCAAUCCAGGUUUUUAGUCAAUCAUGGUGAAGACUAUGGGGUCAGCAAAAACCUAAAACAAAAAUGUAACUACAGGAAAAAAGCUCAGUUUAUUAUUUCUGUUAGUAACAACUCUAUUUGGUCUUAAGUGUGAUUGUUCCAGUCCCAAGAAAGCCUUUUAAAAGUGCCAGUCAUUGACUUGCACAUUCUGACAAUCUGUGAGUCAUCUCUUGAAUUUAAUAAAGACUUGAGCUCAGGUUAUCAAAACAUCACUCUCUGUUGUUGAAGAUAACUGUCUACAUGUAUAAGGACUUAGUUGCUCUUACUACACAAUGGGCUGUUCAGCUGACCGAAUGGAAAAACAUUUUCUGUCAUGAUAUCACAAUGAUUUUUUUAUUGACAAGUUAAUGAGCUAAGAGUCAUGGACGAAAAUAGCAGAAAAUAAACAUAAAUUUGUGGUAUUGUACAAAAGUAAUGCAAACAGAUUAAGACAAAGUUCCUCAAUGAAGCUUUUUGAAGAAAUUUUGCUCUGAUUGAAAUUCCUGCAAUAGCAACAAACAGUGGGACAGAGAGACUCACUCAAUUGCAUGGAUUAGUGAAGUUUUCUUUGGAUCUUGAACACUUUUUGUUUUUCUCAGAUUCAACACAGAGAACAACUAGAGAGAUUGGAAGAAACAAUCCAGUCAAAAGAGGAAGAACUAAGUGAACUUUUACCAAACUACAUACGGCUCAAAACUGAAGAAGAUGAAUGUUCUGCAAGGUAGGAAAUUGAUUCCUAGAUUUUACAAAUAUUUACACUAUUGUAGAUUUAUUAUUAUUUUUUUUUUUUUGCAUUGCAAGGUAUGCUAUUUUAAUUGUUCCUAGCCACAUUGAAAAAAAAUUAUUUUCAUUGCAGAGGAUGUAUAUGAACAUUGUUUUAAUGAUGAAUCUUUGCAGCAAGAUGUUAUUAUAUUUGUGACUUUGCAUGCUCUAGUUUUCAGGUAACACUUACCAUGAAAUGUAUGAUUAAUUACAAAAUUGUGAAUAUUAAACUGAUUUUCAGAGUGAAAGCCUGUGAAAGAAGACGUACAGAAUUGUAUGCCAAGCAAGGCCGUAAAAAUCAGUUCAGAACUGCUGAAGAAAGAGAUAGAUGGAUUACUGAGGUAUCAUGUUGAAUGUUUAAUAUAUGUUUUCUGUGUAUCAUUCAUUACUUACAUUGCAAAUUAGGCAAAGUGCUUUUACAGCUUUAUUUUAUAUAUCAAUCAUCAUGUGCUCACAAUUACUUUUCUUUUACAGGAGAAAAGCUCCCUAGCAGAAUCCAUAGCCAACAAAGAGUCACAAGUAAGUAGCCUAGAGUGAAUAAAAGUAUUUGGGAGUCUGUUUUUUUUUUUUUUUUUUCUUUUUCUUUUUUUUAAACAAAGACAACUCUCCUUUUUCCUCUUUUUAACCUUGGCGUUCUGGUUUAUAUCCAGUGAGAAUUCUUCUCCAUUCAAUUUUGUGCAUGAACAAAGCAAGUCUUGAAGAUAUGAAAUCCAAAAUUGUUUAAGGGAGGGUACUAUGGUGUAGUCAGUACUGAAAUCAGGUGAUAAUAGUCAUGUGAUGCACAUGAUGAUUUGUAGCUGUUUGUCUGGAAAAGAUAGAACAGCUUGUGACAUUCAUCCUUAUUUAUUCAAGUAGAUAUUAGUAUCACUUUGAUGGUAUGAGAAAGCACUCUUUUUUAAUGGAAGUGGUGGUGUUCUUUUCUCAUAGAUUGCUGGUGUAAGAGCAGAUGUUGAGAAACUAAGGAAUGCAGUACAAGAACUAACAGUUGAAAUACAGGUGAGAGCCAAAUGAGUUAAUUUAUAUAUUUAAAAUUCCUGGUUUCCUUUUACAUUAUUUUUACUAGAUGGGCACCCUUGAGGGAUACAUGCACAAUAAAACACUGUCAUAACUUUGUCCAGACUAACUAACAAGUGAUUGCAUGGACAUGAUGGCAAGGAACAGCCAUUAAGUGACAACUAAAUUUCCUUAUCAUCCACACCUGAAUAAAAUAAGUUCAGGCCUGCAAAAUUCAGCUGGAGAAGUUUGUUUAAUAUGUAGCAUGAAAAUUCGCUGAUUUCCAAUACCCCUUGACAUCAUGUUGUCAAUAAAUUGAUUUAUUUAUCUUCUAAUAGGAAGGUCCACCCCAAUGAUGUAUACACAUAGUUGUUGAUUAGGAAAAAGUACAGUACCACUCGCAUAUAUGUUAAACAAAAAACGCAAAUAGAACAUGCCAAAAAUUGCAUGCAAUUGCAAAUAAAAAAAUCAUGCACGUCAAAAAAACGGACGUACAUGCAUAAGCUUAAGACAUCUGCCUCAUUACAAUGAAUUAAGUAGUCCUUUUGUUUUUUCUAUUGUUGGUUUAUUGUUUUAAAGAAUAGGCUACAAUGUUACAGCACUGAAAUACUACACAGCUACCAAUAACAUGCAAACUUGUUUGUUUGAACCGACCUUCCCAAUAUGCUGUUACCAAUGCGACUUCGUAAUGUACAUGUAUUUGGAGUUCAUUUUUUUUUUUUGACGAGUUCAGUUUGCCAUUAUUUUAAUGGGUAGAGCACCUUACUUUUCUUAGGAAAGAACAGACAAUGUGGAAAAGAGAAGACAAGAUAUUGAAAAAGCAAACAAGAGACAUGCAGAAUUUAAAAAGACAAGAGAUCACACUACAAACAGUAGAAAGUAAGAGGAUUGUUUUUCAUUUAUGUUAUGAAACUUUACCAUGAUGCUAAUCCUCUCCAAUUCAUUAAACCUUUACACCCUAACAUCAGUAUCCAUUUUCUUCAUACUCUUCUUCAUUCCUUUCCUUUGGUACUGACAAGGAGAAUUUAUUUAACAAUUAAAGCUUCGUAGAUUGGCAAUCGUGUCCUUUGUUCUUGUGAUCUUAAUGAAUGAUUCUGCUUUAUUACUGUAAGGAGAAUUAGAUGCAAGACGAUGUUAAAAGGGUGAAGAAAAUCAGUGGUGGAGUAAAAGACUUAGAUUUUGUUGCAACAUCCAUAGUGCAUGUCUAAAUGGGUACACAUAGACAGGGUUAGUCAUUGGCAACCGACAUGAUCUGGAGCUUGCAAAAGCUGUAAUUACAAUAAUUGUGUAAUAUCUGUGGUGAUAGUGAAAUUAUUACUAUACAAUAGGGAGUUAUGGAGGGAAGAAGCUGCAAUUGAACAAAGCAUGCAGAACACACGGGAGGAACUUAGUAAAACUGAGAGGAAUUUAAGGAGUACUGUCAGUAAAGUAUGUAUCUUUGAACAUAUAAUUUUACAUGUGCAUUGUGCUGUUUUCUGGCCAAGUUAUUUCUGCUUAAAUUGUCAGUUCUUCAUGAUGCAUGAUUGUGAGUCAUCAGUGAGAAACAAUUUAUCAUGAAGCUAUUCUGUAGCACUUGAAAUCCAAUUUGUGCUCCUCCAUUUAUUUUUUUUAUGUGUGAGUAUUGUUUCGUUUAAUGUUUUUAAGAAUUUCUGCAACAUGCACACGCUUAGAUUCAUGAUCAUGCAUUAACUUAUGCUCAUGGACACAGAGGCAGAGUGUGGGGUGGGGUGUUCAACUUUGAGGCCCAUUGGUGAACUUGUGAGGAAAAUUAAGAAAAGACAAAAAGUUUUUAUUAAUUGGUUAGGGUUAGGGUUAGUCUGAGUCUGAGGUUAAUCUUUUUUAAUUGGUUUUAUUGAGUCUCAUCACUCACCAAAACAUUGGUGAUAGGAACUUAGAAAAGGGAAGAAAACUCAAGUCAAAGAGCCAAAGAGAACUCUGUUAGCUUCUCUUAUUUGAUUUUUUGUUUUACUUUAAAUCUUCAAUUAGAUUACUUAACACAUUUUUGCAUUUGACAUCUGGGCAUUAUUGAGUUGAGGCCAUUUGCUCUGGCACUGAGUUACUCCAUGUCAGGUUAUGUGUCUCAUACUAUGUGAUUGUGUUUGGUUUUGAUAGUGAUUUUAAGAGUUUGAUGUACUGCAUGUAAUCAUGAACAUGCAUUUUAACUUCCUUGCAUUACUUACCACAUGAUGUUCAUGAUUAUUUUUAUUACCACAGCAUGUCAGUAAUGGUAUUGACACAGUGAAGAGGAUUGUUCAAGAGAGAGGCAUUGAUGGAGUCCAUGGCCCACUUAUUGAGAAUUUUCAAUGUGAUAAACAGUUCUUUACUGCGGUAGAAGUUACAGCUGGAAACAAGUAAGGAUUUCCUGUGAUCCUAUGUUUGGUUAUCUUAGGGUAAUGAAUGCACACUGUGCUUUAGCUACUUAUAAAUUUUGUUGAUAAAUAACAUUUGGGACUGGGGAAACAAAUACAUGAUGAUCUAAUAUGUUUGGUUAUCUUAGGAUUAAUGAAUGCACUCCCCCCACUGAUGCUUUAGCUACUUUUAUAAAUUUUGUUGACAGUUCAACAUUUGGGACUCCAGGGGAGAGAGGUAUUGUGAGAGUUAAUUGGUUUUCCCAAGAACACAUAGCUAGGUCUUGAACCUGUACUUCUUGUCUAGGACUCCAGCUCAGUAACAAUUAGGUCACUGCAUCUCACGUCAUACAUGUAGCUGAAUGUCAGAGGCAGGCUAACAUUAUUCUCAAUUUCUUUCCAACAUUCAACUGAUUUUGGCAUAUUUCUUAUUUCUUUAAGUUGAAAAGCUAUUUCUUAUUCCUUUCUUAGAUAAAUUACUUCCUUGAAUUAGCCCCACUCCCUCCCCCUUUAAAAAUUGGUUUCAUAAAUAUUUGUCUUUACUUUGUAGGCUCUUUCACAUCUUGGUGGAUUCAGAUAAAACUGCUGCACAGAUCUUGUCCAUCAUGAACAAACAUAAAUUACCUGGAGAAGUCACAUUUAUGCCACUCAACAGACUCCUCAGCAAGGAGCAACAGUACCCCAGCACGCCUGUUAGUAACCCUGAAGUACAUUUUGAAAGAAAUGAUAAAAUUAAUCAUAAUUAUUAACAACUAAUUUAUGAUUACCUUUAUAUUCAAGACUUUCUUUAAGUUAUAUUGAGGGUUGUCUGAUAUCAUCUUUGACAGUUGAGCUAUAUUGUACUCCUAACUGCACAUUCACCUUAUUCUUGAAUGGAACAAAAUACAUCAUUCUCUUGUUUCCAUGUGAAUUGCCCUGUUUUAAGUUAAAGGUUUGUUUGAGUUCUGAGGAGACAACACAGGAAAAUGGGACUAGUUGUCAUAAAAGUAAAACAAAAAAAAAAGGCACCUCUAUAUCUGGUCCAAUGAAUAGAUGUCUUACUGUUUUAACAAUUAUUUUCAGCUUCUAAGAACUAGUAGGAUAGACCUGAAAAAAAUUGUCCAUCAAGAGACAUACUUUGUUGUGAAGCUAUUUGGGUCCAGAUAAACCUUAAAUUGGUUUAUUUUUGACCACUCUUCUUUUAGCUUUUAUGUUGAGGUUGGGCUUUGGACCUGAAUUUUUUCAGGUCCAGCAACUACAGUUUGUGUCUUAAAUUCGUUUCUUCACUGCCAUGUCAAUAUAUGAAUUUCAUAUAUCUAAAAUCAUUAAUUAUUUUCAGGAUGCCCUUCCAAUGAUUAACAAAUUGAGGUUUGAGGAAGCUUUUAGACCAGCUAUGCAGCUAGUCUUUGGUAAAACUCUUGUGUGCCGCAAUCUUGAAGUUGCCUCACAGUUCUCCAAAAGUGAAAAUAUGGAUUGUAUUACUUUAGAAGGUACAUACUGUAGUUUUUCCCAUAACAAUAUUUUUUGCUCUAAGUUAAACCUUUAAGAUUUUUAAAUAGACAUGUGCACAUAUGUUUCAGUUAUUAAAGUUAGAUUAAUGAUAUUUGACAAAGUUGAGCUGUGAAAGUCUCUGGAGAAACUAUGUUCCUUUUAUAUGUGUGUCAAAAUGCUCUUUCUUUUCUGUUUUCUGAGCAGUGUAGCUUCUUCUAUGCACAAUACAACCAUCUGAGUGAUAAAUGCUAUCAGCAGUGGUAUCUUAGCUGUAGAUGUGCAUGAACAAUUUUGUAUUUGUCCAUAAUGUUCACUUUGUAAAAUGUAUUCUAUAUACAAGGCUAAAAAAAUUAAAAUGUUUAAACCAAAUGUUUUCCGCUGUUUGCCAUCAUCAGGAUUAAAAAGACGACCGUCCGACGGUGAUGACCAGACGGUCAUUUUUUUUACCCUGAUGAUGGCAAACAGCCGAAAACGUUUGGUUUAAAAGCCUUGUAUAUAGAAUACAAUUUUGUAUUUGUGUUUUUAUGCUUUUAUGUAUUUGUCACAGGUGACCAAGUUAGUCGUAGGGGUGCCCUGACAGGUGGUUACUAUGGGAACAGAAGGUCUCGCUUGGAGCUACAGGACAGUAUUUGGAAAUUACAAGAAAAAGUUGAAGGAGAAGAAACACGAAGAGAUCAACUGAAGGCUGACUUAGAAAGUAUCCUCUUGUAAUGAAAUUUACUUUUGGCACAAAAUUAUUUGUAUUCUGUAAGAAAGGGUCUCUUGGAAUUUUUGAAAAGUUUGGCAAUUGAUUAAGGUUACAAGUGAUUGUGCAACUGUAAUGUAUACCUAACAUAGUUUAUCUUACACAAAGGGAUCAGGAGUUACUUUUAUUGAGAUUGGAUGCAAGGCCAUUGCAGGCAACCUCCCCAACCCCCUCCCCCCACCGCAUUUUUUGUCAGGUCUCUCUGACACUUCUCGGGAACUAACUUACUCUCCUGGGUUGAGAGAGGCACUGGAAGUGGAAGUCUUUUAAAACGGAAUCUAUUACACGAACCAUUCAAUAGCUGCAUCCUUCAUUGUAAAAUCAACUUCAUUUUUGUUAUCAUAAAGAAACAUUGUUGAAAUAUCCUUAACUAAAUCUCAGAACUUGAUUCUGAUGUAACAGUCGCACUCGGAGAAUUACAAAAAGUAGAAACACAACAAGUGCAGCUAAGGUUAAUAUACAUACAUCGCGUUAUUUGAGUUGAUAUUUGGCACUUUUUUGCACAGUCAUUAUUAUUUAAAUUACUCCACAAUGAUUCGCUCCUCAGAGAAACAUACGAGAAACAGAAGAUUGAUGUGAAAGCUAAAACUCAAGAAAAGAAAACAGCUGAACGAACUCUGGAGUCAAAAGUAAGUGACUUUGGUACAAAUGGUAACGUAGUUUGUUGUAAUUUUGUAGUCCUUGUUUUUUGUUUCAUUUUGAAUUAAGGGUUUCAGUUGUAGAUUCUCGUUAACACCAUUCCUGUAUAAGUAUUAUUGCCUUGUUUCUUUUUGUCUGUCUGUGUUUCUAUCUCAAAACUCGAGCCUCGAAACUCGAUUUUAAUUCUCGAAAGUUUUGUGAAUCGAGUUUCAAAUCGACACCGUUUACUUAGAGCAUCUUAAGCGGAACUGUUCAUGUGUGUUUGUUAUCUUUGCAGGAGCAAGGGCUGUUACACUUUGAAGGAGAUCUGAAAUCCAUGCGUAGCACCAUGAGAGCUUUAGAGGAGGAACUGGGAACUGCUCUUGUGUCACAACUUAGUUCGCAAGAUCAAGAAGAGGUAGGGAAUAUAUGACUUUGUACUGGCCAUUCUUUUAGUACAUUCUAAUCCGUUUUUUCCUUUUUUUUUUUUUUUUUUUGUUUUUUUUGUCGAUGGCCAUGGGAUAAAGGAGAACGAUUACGUCAAAAUCAAAAAUACAGUUUUUCUCAACCUCGUUCUCUACUUUAUGUGUUCAUUACUUUGGUAGAUCUCCACGUAAGGCUGAACACAAUGUAACUCCGCUGUUUGAGAAAGCUUUCUUGCUUAUAUUUUACCUGUUAUGUGAUGUUGUUCUUUUGGAUUUUUCCCAGGUGGAUAAUUUAAACGGUGAAAUUAUGGCUCUCCAAGAGAGGCUAAAAACCGCCCUGUCAAACAGAACGAAGGUAAAGAUUCGCUUUUAAUGCAGAUAGCAUGAGGAAGUGAAUAAUUUUUGGGUAGUAAUUUGAGUUGAAAUGCUAAUGGCAUAAAUCUUCUGUAGAUCUCUUUCAUGAAUGGCGGACUCAAUUCCUAUUUUAUUACAUAGAAGUAAAUUAGCCUUUUUUCAGCCUUUACAGUACGUUUCAAAACGUGCCCGAAAGAAAGAUAACCAUGACCGCCACUAGGGAAGGGGUUUAUGUCACUGCUUCGGGAUUAUUUGCUGCUAAUAGCAAGGGCGUGUACCAAAAGUCUUGUUAACUCAUCAUAGCGGACUUCGGACUUGACGCCUUUCCGAGGUUUUCUUAUAUUGCCUGUUUCUUUCAGCUCGAAGCCAAAAAGAACACCUUGGAAAAUGUACUCAACAACAAUUUGAAAAGAAAACGAGAAGAGUUGAAACAGGUGCGGUGGAUUGUCUUUUCUAGUGGCUACUGAGUUCUUUAAUAAGAGAAUUUCAGUGAAAGUUUAGUGUAAAAGAGUUGGUGGCAAUGUAUAGUGUUGUUAUACUAUUCCAUUUCUGCCAAAAUGUAGCCAAACUAGAGGGCAUUCUCUGUUACAAGAGACAAAAAAAAAUCAAACUUCCUUGAGAACUAGAAGGGUUUGGCUACAACCCCUUUUGGCCCCCUUCUAUAUCAGCGCUAGAGAUUUAUACUUAAGGAAAAUGAAAAUCGCCACUCAUUAUUUUGUUCUCCGGUUUGAAUUCUUUUGCUUAGAUUCGGAAUGCGUUUAUGAUAAAUUACUCAAAAGUUAGCCUGACAUAAUCAGUGCAUUGUGACAGCGACGCUCCACGUAGAUAUGCGACGAGAUAUCACUUAAUUUAAGGUUGUUAACUAUAGUUUUCUCGGGUAUUGGUCCUGCCGAAAAGGCCUCUGCGGGGAAGGAGCAUGGGCUCAUUUCCCGGACAGCGGUUGGUAAUCGAGCCUACUUCAGUUUGGUAGUAUUAAAUAGUAUUAAUUAUUAAUUUUAUCAACCCUGAGAUGGAAAUUGUGCAUGGUGGUAAACUUGAAUAACUUGCUUCGUUAAUUUCCGCAGUCCCUCGAGGAAAUCUCACUGGAGGACCGCAAUUUACACCUGGAGACACUCAAGAGUGACUUACAUACAGUGUUGGAGGUUAUAUCUCAAAGUUCAGCUCAACAAAAAGGUAUAAAAAGUCCUUUCCAAGGUGCACAGGUGACCUUUGAAUUCAUUUCACUUCAAAGAUCUUAGUAGGAAUUCUCGUUACUGUCCAAUUACACUCACAAUUCUUAUGGUCUUAGUUUAGAGAAUUUGGUAUUGGAUCAACUAAUCAUCCCUUUGCUGGGGAUUUUUCUCUUUUCUUAUCUCUUUUCUGUUUGAUAUUGUAUUUAAUUCUUUAAGGAGAAAUUCUGUCUCGGUCACUCAUUGUAGUUAAGAUCGUCGCUGACGACAACUAAGGUCCAUUAGUUUUCAGUGUUGCGUGCUAGAGUGUGUAACUUUCUGUGACCAAAACGUGUUCAUGUUCAGUUCGACCCCUAGCGUCAUUGCUUAGAACAGUCCUGACAGUCGCAUUUGUACGACCUUCUCUAUGUAGAACUUGAAGAAGAAAUAAGAAAUCUCACCCAUAGAAAGUCAGAGCUACAAACUUCGCUGGAUGAAUGGAAGGUACGGCAAUUUAGUGUAAUUUUUUGGUAGGAGGCGGGGAAAAGGUGUGAUUUGAUUUGCUCUUAAUUGUAAUUUUCACGGUUAACGAUGAAGAUAACUUGUGCCUUGCAAAUGAGCUAACUCAACAUGUACAUCUUGACUUUCCCAGAGCGUUGAGAAGUUGAAAAGGGACGCUAUCGAUGAUGAUGCUAAACACAUGGAGAAAAUUGCUCACAAGAGGAGUUUGCUUAUGAAGAAAGUAAGAAUAUUUGAGGCCAGUUUUUUAAUUACUUUUAAAGAUAAUUAGAUCUUUGAAUUUAAAACUAUUAGAUGGGUAGUGUUUUUCGAGGGAGAAAGAACUACAGGAAGAGGUAAUCAUGCACAAAAAAGUGUGAAUUGCAGCUUUAUAAUUGUUAAUUGAUAAAUUUAAUGCUGUACUUAGCGAGCUGGUGACGAGAUUGGACAAACUUGGGAACUAGAGAGUUGCCAUGAGAUAACCAUGAUAGAUUACCAUAGGAUAAGACCAAAUUAUUGAAAUAAAAUGACAAGGAAACUAGGUGCCUAUUGUUAAAGGUUUGAUUGUGAUCUUACAGAAAGAAGAUUGCACCAAAAAGAUCCGUGAGCUAGGAUCCCUUCCAGCGGAUGCAUUUGACAAGCACCAAAAAACUCCGGUUAAAGCGGUAAGUUGCAGUUGACAAUAAUUAAAGAGCUUAAUUUAAAUCUUUAUGAAAGGAAGUAUGGACGAAGAUAAAUUUUUGUCCGUCGGCGAGAGGCCUGUAUAGGAAACAAAAACUCUUUGAAAUCAAAAUUGCUCUCGCAAGCGCACUAAGAGAAAAAAGUAAUUACUAUAGUUAACCCAAAAGUAUAUUUACGUGGCUUUAGCUCUGGUGCUUGAAAAUAAAACUGCAAAAUAAGCUCCCAUUAGAAGUUUCAGCAUUCCCCAACCGCAACAAAUUUUGGUCCCGAAAUACUCUAGACUUUUUUAAAUUCAGAAAACAAAAAUCUCGCCAAAGUCUCGUGCUACACGGCAAUUUUAUUUAAAAUUUUUUUAUUACCAUUAUUAUUUUCCGUUUUUUCUCUAGUUGUGGAAGAAACUGCAUCAGUGUAAUGAGGAACUGAAGAAGUACAGCCAUGUAAAUAAGAAAGCGUUGGAUCAGUUUGUUAACUUCUCUGAACAGAAGGAAAAGUUAAUGAAACGAAAGGAAGAACUUGAUAAAGGAUACCAGGUACGCAAUAACAUUGCUACAAUCUCGUUUACAAUCGGAUAAAGACUCUUUUAUUUUGAACCAUUUUUGUCCCUUCCGAGUUUGUUACCACUUAUCUCCCUCCCUCCCAGGUCCCUGUUGAGUGUUCAGGGUCUUAACUGCCGGAACUCAGUUCGGUUUCUGAAACGUGAUUGUUGAUUCUCCUGCUGAACGGGAUUUCAGUCCAUAGCUGGGUACCCCUAACAUUUCAUCGAGUGUCCUUGACAUCCAGAUACCUUAAAGAGGGUCAGAAAGAUCGUUAGACCUUUCUCGAAAACACAUCACUCAAAUCCUAAUCACGGCUCGAGUCAGGACCUCUCGGUCUGGUUUCCAGCGCACUAACACCAAUGAAUCUUCCACUCCUAAAGGUCGUUAUGUUUAGUCGUUGCAUGCAGCUGUGGGUUUCGCAUUUUAUCUUUAAAACGCGUGAAAGAAGCAUGACAGCAGUCCUUUUUGCGUCGUUUACUGGCAAAUUUUGAGUUUUAUAUUUUACUUUUACUUUACCAGUCUAUCGUGGACUUGAUGGAUGUUCUGGAGCUCCGUAAACACGAAGCAAUUCUCUUCACGUUUAAACAGGUACCGUAUUUCCUGAGCCUUAAUUUGCGAAUGACCCCUCCCCCCUUUCUCUCCCCACCUUUAUCAAGGGAAAAACUAAAUUUUGGAAUUCAUAAAACAACUUGGCAUCCCUCCAAAUGCUAGUAAGACGAUGAUGAUUGUAGGAUACUUUUAUUUUCCUUUGUAAAAUAUAAUUUGUCGGAAGUUGGGGUCAAAGACAGAAGGAUCCUUCGAGAUCUACAACAGAACUUCAUCGAAAGUACCAAAAAGCUACACAUUAGACGGUCACGUAAUUGAUAAAAUUUUUAGAGUGGUUAACUCAUUUUAUAGGAACUAAAGACUAUUAUUGAACUUUGUGACUUCAUGCUUAUGUUUUAUGUGUUUUACAUAAACAGAUGUCUCACAACUUUACUGAGGUUUUUAAACAGCUUGUUCCUCAUGGGAAAGCUACUUUGGUGAUGAAAACAGAUCCGGUGGAACAAACGGUAAAGUUUGACGUUUUUCGUGUUUGGUGUAUUAACGAAAAGACAUGGUGGCAAGACAAAGCCGCCUGAAAUCUGUUUGACUCUCGUGGUGACGUCCUUGCAAUGUCCGCCCUUCACUUUUGCUUUGCUGUACUCAUUCCCUUUGUUUGUUUUUCUGUUUUACACUUUGCUUUUCUUUUGAUGUGUAAACAUUUAAUAUAAUCUCUUAUCUUUCAGUAUCUUUCGCCACCACCUCUCGAGUGGUAGUAUAUUGCCCUUGCGUCUAUUCCCAAAUGGAUGUGAAAGUUUAUUGGCAAUGCAAAGUUACACAAUUCAAUUAAAUGUAAUUCGUACCUGACAUCAUUGUCAGUUAGAAUAAGUAAAAAGGCAAAGAAGGAGAGACGUAUAUCGCAAGGUAACUGAAUGACUCCGUAAAUCGAAUGGGACAAUUGCUAGUUUCUUAAUAUAAUUUUUUUUACUUGACUCCAGGAGGAGGAAGAAGACAGCGAGGCUUCUCAGUCACAGAGAUCUGUGCCUCUUGUGGAUCAGUUUACUGGAAUAAGUAUCAAGGUAAAGUGACCCGCUGUGUAAAAUCAUCUGAAUGUGAACUUAACUUUCUUUUCUUUGACGUAGAACUUGUAGAAUACCCAUCGUCGGGAACUGUUUCCUUGUUCACAACCGCCGAGCAGUAGUUUGUACACAAAAAUCUUCGACAAAUUUUCAGUGAUCCCAGUCAGAGUUUGACUCGAACCACUUCACACAACUCUGUAAUAACCUUGUGAUCCUGUCUCUCGCUAAUCCUCUGACUCCCACGCAAGAUUAACAUGUAACCUUCCGCUAGUUCAAUAGGCAAGUUACGAGAAAAUACAAACUUAUCAGCUUUAAAACUUUUUUCUUGAUGUAACGCCAAAUUCCCUCAUUUUUGGGCAAGGAAUAUGUGCAAGCUCUAGGGGAGACUUCCCUAAUUUGAUAUUUGGAGUCAUAGAGUUACGGUAUUGCCGCUCAAGUCUUCAUAAACUCAUCGGUGUCAUUGGUGUGUUUGUAGGUGUCUUUUACCGGGAAAUCCGCCGAAACUCGUGAGAUGAAUCAGCUAUCCGGGGGACAGAAGUCUUUAGUAGCCUUAGCACUGAUCUUCGCCAUUCAAAAAUGUGACCCGGCGCCUUUUUAUUUAUUCGAUGAGAUUGACCAGGCUCUGGAUCCUCAGUUCAGAAAAGCUGUUGCAGGUACUUUUCAGGCUUUUGCUCUUUAUUGUAGACCGAGACUAAAGAUUGCUUUCUCACCUCCACUAAUGGUCAGUUCUUUUGCCACAGCUGUCCCUUAAAUAGACAUACUGACAGGCAGACGGACAGACAGACUAACAGACAAACUAUAGACAGACUGACUGACUGACUGACUGACAGUAAGACGAACAGAGACAGACGGACGGACAAACAGAAAGACGAAUAGAUGUAAUUUAUUUAAGCUGUAAAAUUUUGUUACUGUGGGGUGGCAGUUAAGAUAUGUCUGUUUAUGUCAAAACAAGAACUUUCCAUCGGAUUGUUUAGACGUUAGGGGUAGAUUUGGAGAAGAUACAAGCCUGUACAGCCUUUUCCUGAGGUUAGUUAUGCCCAGAGAAGGCAGUUGAUAUGGUAGUGAGAAGUACACGUCAAAUCGUGAGGGAUAAUAAAUAGUCCCUCCCUCCUAAUAAACAGAGUUUCUCGUAUGGUUAUCGUUAUUUUAGUUACUCACAAGAGAUUUUGGUUCUUUUGUCCAAAGAAAUGCUCCGUAAAUUGGCUGAGAAAGCUCAGUUUAUCACUACCACAUUCAGACCCGAGCUGUUGGAGUCCGCUGACAAGUUUUACGGCGUGAAAUUCCGAAACAAAGUCAGUCAUAUCGACGCGAUUACCGCUGAACAAGCCAAAGACUUUAUCGAGGACGACGCACAGGAGAAGUAGAUACAAUUUCAUGGUUCAUAGUUGAGGGCAGUUCUUUGAAGAACACGCUCGAUUUAGUGGACCAGCCCUCACAGAUAGUUCACGCAUUUUAAAAGUCAUGCGUACACAAAACGAAAUUGCUCUAUCUAAAAGAUAGGUGGACUUUCAGAAACUACCCUUCCAAGUAAUGCCUUCCUCGUUACACUAUUCAGAAGAGAUUGCGCUAUUAUAUUAUAACAGAAUUAUUGGUUAUAGUGCAAGGUUGUUGUUCAUCUUGUCAAUAAAUGGGAC